CAGGAAGCGGCAGACUCGAUUUGAAAUCGAGGAUUAUAAAUACGGAGGGUUCUUUGUGCAGAUGGAAGGUUUGCUAUCUGUGACAACAUUCCUGUUGAUGUUGUGACAAUGUUCGCUCACCAGACAUUGUAUGCCGCCUGGCUUGGCUUGGCGUUCUUUGUUUCUUUUACUGCGGCAGCUCUCCGAACAUACAACCUCACAGUGCACAGUGAUGUCAGAUCUCCAGAUGGCGUCAGCCGAGAGGUCUAUCUGAUCAAUGGCCUGCAACCAGGACCACUAAUUGAGGCAAAUGAGGGCGACAGCUUGGAAAUCUUUGUCAAGAAUGGCCUCUCUGUCGAUACUUCUCUCCACUGGCAUGGAAUUUUACAACAGGGAACUCCUAACAUGGAUGGAGUCGUCGGCGUGACCCAGUAUCCCAUCCCACCCGGCGGCAACUUCACCUACAAAUUCUCCGUCCACUCCCAAUAUGGCUUUUUCUGGUACCACACCCACGUCAGAGCAUACUACAAUGAUGGAAUCAGAGGCCCGCUUUUGAUCCAUCCCUCUCCGUCGCGAGUACGUUCUUUUGAAAAGCUUGCGAACAGCACUCGCGAGCGUGAUGCUCUUCUCCGGGCUGAGAAGAACGCUACAAAUAUUCUGUUGAAUGAUUGGACUCAUGAGGUUUCGGAUACUAUCUAUUCGCAGUAUUUUGAGACGGGCGCGUAUCCGUUUUGCGUUGACAGUAUUCUGGCUAAUGGGUUGGGAAGGGUUGAGUGCUUACCGGAGGAUGUGCUUCAGUCGGAGGGAGGAUCAGGCAUGGGGAUGAGUCAAGAGGCUAUGAGUAUGAGUAUGACGCAGAAUUCUGUAUCUCCGUCUUCGUCGAUGACAAUGGCAAUGAAGAGACAGAUGGAUAUGGGUUCCAUGGAAACGGAAACUGCCACAUCUUCCCAGACGUCAACAAGCACGAUGGCUAUGGAUAUGACCAUGUCCGCAAUGCCCAUUCCCUCGCAGCCUAGUACUGGCAUGUCAAAUAUGGGUACAAUGACAAUGUCGGGCAUGUCUCCGUCUAUGACUGGAAUGACUUCAUUAAGUGCUCGCGGCUGUUCGCCUCCAAUGAUGUUUAGGGAAGGCUACAAUGCUAGUUCGCUCCCACCUGACACAUGCACCAAUACCUCUUCGCCCUUGCUCACUAUCCCUGCGGACUUUAAGAGGGGUUGGCUUGCACUGAACCUCGUCAACUCAGGUGCCGUUAGCAAGCUACAUGUCUCUUUGGAUGCGCAUUCUAUGUAUGUCUACGCUGCGGAUGGGCUAUACGUUGAGAUGCAGGAAGUAAAGGUCUUGGAAAUCGAAAUCGGCCAACGCUAUUCAGUGAUGAUCCGACUAAACCAGAAACCUGGAAACUACUAUCUCAGAUUCGCAACCUACCCCGACGAUGAUAUGAUGAAACAAGUGCUCGAGGGACAAGCCAUCUUGUCCUAUACCAUGCCUAUGAUGAGCGGGAGACCUCCAAUGAAUGUCACUGCCGAUCCAUCCAUGGAGUGGAUGAUGAUCAACGGAUCAGCGAAACCUGAUACCAGCGUUCUUAAUCCUUCGCUGCUUUCUCCCUUUGAACCUGUCAGCCCACCAUUAGGAAAGGCAGACCAGACAUACGCCUUUACAAUCAACCAGUCUGACAUCGUCACCUGGACCAUGAACGGCACUCCAUACAUGGACGCAGAGAUACCGAUAAUCCAAGGCAAUGUCUCUGAUGGUUGGAAUGCGAAUACGACCAUCCAUCUACCGUUCAACUCCACAAUCGAUGUUAUCCUGAGAAUCGCAAAUGAUACAAUGGAUAAAAUGGGCCAUCCAAUGCAUCUGCACGGCCACAACUUCUGGGUGCUAGGAUCCGGUACUGGUUCUUUCCCGUAUGAUUCAGUGACAGAAGCUCCUGAGUCCCUGAUUAAUCUUCGAAAUCCUCCUUAUCGAGACACCACGAAUCUUCCUCAGGGUGGAUGGGCUGCUAUUCGCUUUGUUUCAGACAACCCCGGUGCGUGGAUUUUCCACUGUCAUAUACAGUGGCAUAUGCUGAGCGGCAUGGCUGUUGUGUUUGUUGAAGGAGAAGAUCAGAUUCCAGAAUUGAUUGGUCGGUCUGGUAAAGGCUCUACUGCAACUGUAUCAGCUGGUGUCUGCAGGAACUCCCUAUGAAGCUGCCUGAUAACCGGCACUAGAUGUACAUCCCUUGAAUAAAUCUACAGCUAUACCAAAGUAGGAUCCAUAUUUAUAAGUUUCAAGUAUUGCUCAUUUAAAUGAAUAGAUUCACUAUUAGGCCUGGUACAUCUUCUAGACAUCAUUCGGCUCACUUCAUAUUGAUCAUUCACAUUGCAAGUUGUCUCUGCUGGCGCUCCAAUACCAGUUCGAUUUUACACCUGAAGCUAUCAUUGCUGCCGUGACGACCUUGCAUUCUGUUCCUGGCUGAUAUACUGGGAUGUUUGCUUUACUUAGUCUGUUUAGAUAGUUUAUCAUAUAAAC